UCACGUGGGCCCUCCCGGUUCCGGCGCGGUAAAGGCCCGGGUGGUGAACAGUCUCCGGCACCAUGUCUGGUUUGUCUGGCCCGCGAGCCCAGCGUGGGCCUUGGCAGUUGGCAUUGCUGCUGUCAUUCCUGCUCGGUCCCAGCUCGGUUUUCGCCAUUUCCUUCCAUCUGCCUGUUAACUCCCGCAAGUGCCUCCGCGAGGAGAUCCACAAGGACCUGCUGGUGACCGGCGCGUACGAAAUCACCGACCAGUCUGGGGGCGUUGGCGGCCUGCGCACCCACCUUAAGAUCACAGAUUCUGCUGGCCAUAUCCUGUACUCCAAGGAGGAUGCAACCAAGGGGAAAUUUGCCUUUACCACUGAAGAUUAUGACAUGUUCGAAGUGUGUUUUGAGAGCAAGGGAACAGGGCGGAUACCUGACCAACUCGUGAUCCUAGACAUGAAGCAUGGAGUGGAGGCGAAAAAUUAUGAAGAGAUUGCAAAAGUUGAGAAGCUCAAACCUUUAGAGGUGGAGCUCCGACGCCUAGAAGACCUUUCCGAAUCUAUCGUUAAUGAUUUUGCCUACAUGAAGAAGCGGGAGGAGGAGAUGCGCGACACUAAUGAGUCAACAAACACUCGGGUUCUGUACUUCAGCAUCUUUUCAAUGUUCUGCCUCAUUGGACUAGCCACUUGGCAGGUCUUCUACCUUCGUCGCUUCUUCAAGGCCAAGAAGUUGAUUGAGUAAUAAGGCCUGCUCUCCUCCCACCUUGUAUCUCAGCCAGCAGGACAUCACUGGGACGUGCCUGGCCUGAGGCAUCCUAGCAACAGCACCAUCAAGGCACAUGGAACUUUCUUGCUGGAACUGAUCUCUUGGUGUGGGAGGACAUGGGUUACCACCUACACCCAACAAGUCAUGGAGGGACUUCUUUUUAACUCGAUAGGAUUUAGACUGGUGUCGCAACAAUAGGACUAUUACUAGUCACCUGUGACAAAAAAUAGGGGUUACCUAGAUAAUGCCAAAGCCAGCAUUUGUACUGGGUUUCCUCAUGCAACCUGGUUGAACCAUGUUUUAUUUUCUUCUCCCACUUGCUCACUAUCUUGGGCUUCCACUCUAGUUCCUUUACCAAGAUUUGAAUGACCAUGUGGAACUUGUUUCAUUCUAAUUGUCCUUUUUUGGAUUUCUUUGGGAAAACACCCAUAUCUUAACCCUUAGCUGAAAUGUUUAGGUAGCCUCUGGUGGUAUCCUUUCAUAAUUUUAUGUCUUUUAAAAGUGUAAUGGAUGUGACAUCUCAUAGAAAUGAGCUUUCAACUCUAGGGAGCUCUUAAAGAAAAUUUCAUUUUGGAGAAUUAAAAUGGUUGUGCACAA